AUGGAGGCUCUUACUAAGUUGAGGCAAACUUCAACUGUGGCUGUGUAUAAGGCAGAGUUUGAAGCUUUGUCUAACAGAAUUAAGGGCUUAUCUCUAAUGCAUAAGCUAAGCUGUUUCUUGAGUGGGCUGAAGAAUGAAAUACGAUUGCCAGUGAGGAUGCUUACUCCACAAUCUCUAAAUGCAGCUUUUGGUUUGGCUAAGAUUCUAGAGGAAUACAUGACCUUGGAAGUUAAGGUAGCUAAUGGUGCUAUAGUUAAGACUCAAGGGUUUUGCAACAAGUGGGUUUACCUCCUUCUAGGGGACAUGAACACCAAAUUACUCUCAAUGAAGGGGUUUAACCAGUUUGCCAAAGGCCAUACUGUUAAGGACAAAUUUCCUAUCCCUAUUAUUGAUGAAAUUCUUGAUGAGUUGAAUGGUGCCUCUCUACCAAAUUUUGAUAAAACAUUUGUGGUUGAGUGUAAUGCUUCGGGUAGAGGGGUGGGAGCUGUAUUGAUGCAGGAAGGGAUGCCUAUAGCUUUUCAUAGCCAAGCUCUUAAAGGUAGGAAUUUGGCUUUAUCAACUUAUGAGAGGGAAUUGCUAGCCUUGAAGAUUGAUACUCCAGCUCAACAAAAAUGGAUUACCAAGUUGUUAGGGUAUGCUUUUAUUGUUAAAUGCAAGAGAGGAAAGGAGAAUGUGGUGACUGAUGCUCUGUCCAGGCAGGUGGAGGUUGGUGAAACUUCUUCUCAGGAGGAUUUUUGUGCAUGA